AUGGUGGAAUUCUACCAUAUUGCCAAGUUUCCCGAGGUCACCGGGGGCAUAGACUGCACCCACACCCGCAUCAAGUCGCUGGGUGGGCCGAAUGGUGAAGUUUACCGCAAUCGGAAGGGUUACUUCUUCAUUAAUGUACAGGUCAUUGCAGGGCCGAAGCUCCAAUUUUUCGACGUUGUCUCUAGCUCACCAGGAUCCGUGCACGACAGUCGAAUCUUCGACAACAGUCGUGCACGCGUUCUUUACGAGACCAAACGAGUGCCUGGGCUCCUACUUGGCGAUGCUGGCUAUGCAUGCAUGCCUUUCCUCAUGACCCCAAUGGCUGACUCCGGACGACCGAAUAGCCCCGAGAGCCGGUAUCAAGCAGCUCACAUCCGCACCCGGAAUACUGUGGAGAGGGCUUUCGGUGUGUGGAAGCGUCGCUUCCCAUGUUUAGACAUGGGGCUUCAACACUUGGCGGAGCGUUCUGCAGUCAUUACGACAGCCUGUGCUGCCCUGCAUAACUUGGCAGUCCUGAGGCAGGACCCAGAACCUCCAGCUGUGGUGAUCCCACAACACUUGAGGCGGCAGCAGCCUGAUGUGGCGAGUCAAACAGACACACUACAUGGAUCGCAAUGCCGAAUGCGGCUUAUCGCUCGAGCAUUUCACUAAGGCAUCAUAAAAGCGAAUGUGCAUCUUGUUCAACCUGAAUCGCAAAUAAAUUAGUACAGCUUGCGAACUCCGAUUAUGUGCAAGUAAGAGAAGCAGGAACGCCAUCAAAGUUCAGGCGCAAUAACUGCUCUGGAUGCUCCUUUAGUAUUUCCGUGAUAUGUAUAUUUUUGUGCUAGUUAAUGUUUUGUGUAUAUCAUUACUUAUUUGCAGCAGCACUUACGACCAUUUACCGCAGCUGUAGCUGGGUCAUACUUCUUGCACAUUAUAGCAUAGACGUGUCUGAAAAUAC